GCGGGAGAUCCAGCAGGGAAUCCAGUGGGAAUCCAGUGCAAAUCUACCGGGAAUCUACUAGGAAUCUACUGGAGGAUUACAGGGAAUACCAGUGCCACACACCCCCUGUGAUGAGUACCGAGAGUCCUAGUCCAUAUGCCGGGGCAUCUACGGUUUAGAUCCGGAUGGGCGAUGUGGGCACUAGAGGAACUCUCCAACAGAGAGAUCUGCCGUUCUACUGUUCUACCCCCAUCCCCCCUCCCCAGAGCCCCAUCUCUUUUGUUGUUCUAUCAUAUGUGACCAAAAUCCACAAAACCCCCCCUCAAGGAAAAGAACGCAAAGAAUCCCUCUUGAAACAAGACACUCGCUGCCUUGCAUAUGCGCCCUCUCGUGGAGUAUGAUAACGGCAGUAUGAUGAUGAUGGAAUAAAUGCAGACCUUCCACGCGGAACCAACUCUAAUCAUCCUCCCACACGCCGCUCUUUUGAAAAAUCCCGCUAUAGACAGACUACACGCACACACACACACACGCUCCUCACGUCUAUGCAUUGCCCUGUAUCUGACGCGCUGGGACCACGCAGAGACUCUAUGUUUGUGUCUUCUUCUCCGCCGCUCCCCGACGCGCUGCCCGAAUUCCAGCCUUGCAUUCUAGUUACGGCCUCCUCGACGCCCUCGAUUCGGGAAGAACUCUCGCUUUCCCCGAGGGAGUCAUAUUGCCUGCCCCCAUUGCAGCUUGCGCGGUAUAUAGCCGGGCUCCAGCGCCUCUCGUGCGGUGUGGGGGAUCAUCACCGUCGGUAUAGGCUGCUGCUCGACUUCUUCCCGGAUAGUGGACACCGCGUGCUGGAGCAAGCAUCCAUGAUACCUAUACGCACGGUAUCGAGGACGACGACCGGCUUAUGAGGCAACUGGCAGCGCCAUGCAAGAAUUCUUCGGGCCGCAAUAUACUCGCGAGGAUCGGUCGCAGCAACAUCAGCAGCAACAUCAGCAGCAACAGCAACAGCAACAGCAGCCGCCGCCUGCUCAACGGCGAUACCCACGAAAUGAUAUUGGAAGCCAGGCCAUGGGGAUGGCCAUGCUGGGCCCGGUAUCCGAAAACGAGGCUAUGGAUAUGACGAAUAUGCCGGAUAUGAUGGGGGGAGGGGAUACGCUUGAUGAUAUUGUGCGGCAGAAUAGCAAGGAGCUUCUGCGGCGACAGAGCUUGCCUAUGCAGCAGUUUGGAGGUGAUAUGGACGAUAUAUAUACGCCUAUUCAGAACCGGAGAGGAUCUAUGAUGGAGUUCGGCUCGGGUCAGGCGGCUCUCAAUAACUUCCAGUUUACUACUACUGCGCCAAACGCAAAUCUUCUUGCACAAAGCAGGAGGCCUUCGAUGCAAGGGCUGGAGGUGCCAAGAGGGUAUGGAGACAUUGGUGUCCAGAGCAGGAGACCUUCAGUACAUGAACUCGAAGUGCCAAGAGGGUAUGGAGACAUUGGUGUCCAGAGCAGGAGACCUUCAGUACAUGAACUCGAAGUGCCAGGAGGAUACGGAGAUAUCAGUGUCCACAGCAGGAGGCCUUCAGUUCAAGAACUAGAUGUGUCAAAUGGAUACGUAGAUAUCAGUGUCCACAGCAGGAGGCCUUCAGUACAGGAGCUAGAUGUGUCGAGAGUAUACGGGGACAUGGGAACGAAUAUGGAUAUGGCCGGAAACCCGACAAAUUUCUCACUUAUGGCCCAAACCUCCGUCGCCAUCGAGUCUCCUACUGCCUAUCAGGCCAUCGCUCCUCAAAUAAUGCCAACGAAUAUGAUGGGCGAUAUGAUGUCAUUUCCCGAAAUGCAAGACACCCAGCCAGCGAUCAUCUUCAACCCGAAUAGCUUCACACAGCCGUUCUCAGGCCCGUCUAUGGACACUAUUUCGUCGGACUUCGCACUCAGCGCAGCAUCACAGGUCAACAGUGGAACAUCGAGUGUAGUAUUGGGCCACAGCUCACGCAGCGAAAUAACUCUUGUCGAAUCCCACAAUACGUCCCGGCGUAAUAGCCAUAUAUCAAGACGCAACAGCCAUGUCGAAUUUAGCACCGGCAUGACCCAAAGCCCAGCAUUAUACACAACGACUUCUAUUCCUACGAUUCCUACGAUUUCAUCAAUACCACCCGAAAUGCCUAAUAUGGAGACAUACUCCCCUCUACUUCUAACGACGACCGCAGAGGCGUUCAACGGACCAGUGAGCUCCUCUACAAACACCACAUUUACGAACCAUAAUUCCAGCAGCGGCUUCAAUAUAGAAGGCAUACUAAUGAAAGUCACCUCCCGAACCAACCCCGAGACCGACCUCGGCUCCGUCGACAUGUCCUGCGCCUUCGUGGUCUGCGACGCCACCAUGCCCGAUAACCCCGUAAUCUACGCCUCGGAAAUCUUCUCGCGGCUGACCGGCUACAACAAGAACGAGGUGUGGAUGAAGAACUGUCGAUUCCUUCAGUCUCCCGACGGGAAGUCCAAAAAGGGGGAGAAGAGGAAAUACGUCGAUGAUGCUGCUGUGUACGCCUUAAAACGGGGGGUGUUAAAGAGAAAGGAGGUACAGUGCAGUUUGAUUAAUUAUCGGAAAGGGGGGCAGCCGUUCACGAACCUCCUCACUAUGGUGCCGAUAACCUGGGACACGGAGGAGGUGAAAUACUACGUCGGAUUCCAAAUCGACCUCGUUGACAACCCCUCCGCCAUCAUCUCAAAAAGCACAACGGGGACCUAUUCGGUCAAUUAUUCCCAGCACCACCUCCCUCGCUACACGCCCCGCGCUCCUCUUCCCACCCCAUCGCAUCUCGACACCAGCGUAACGCUUAGCCCGGGGGAAGUUUCGACGAUAUUAACCUCCUACCAAGCGGGGCUGAACUACGACGGCACUGGUCUCCGGGACGCGCUUCUGUUGGAGAUUAGCCCCGAUGUGAUACAAAUCCUCUCCCCCACAGGGCACUUCCUCUACCUCUCCCCCUCCAGCCAGCGGAUCCUCGGGUAUGCGCCUGAGGAGCUGGUAGGGACGGCUCUAUCGUCUGUUUGCCAUCCUAGCGAUAUCGUGUCCGUGAUGCGGGAUCUUAAGGAUGCCACAACCAGCGGGGGGGGGAUAACAACCAUCUUCCGCAUCCGCCACGCAACCCGCGGUUACAUCUGGUUUGAAACCCACGGCCGCCUCCGCCCCUCCCCUCCCAACCCCAGCAGUUCCUCGAAAACGCUCCUCCUAACAAGCCGCGAACGCCCCGUCUACACCCUCUCACACACCACCAUCUCCGCCUCAGGCACCCUAACCGACUCCGACAUCUGGAGUAAACUCUCCACCUCCGGGUUAAUCCUCUACAUCUCCACCUCCGUGCGCACGCUUCUCGAUCGCUCACCCUCUUCGCUGGUAGGGACGAGUUUCCAAGCCCUCUUGCCUGGGGACCAGAGGGUGGGGUUUGAGGAGUGCCUGGUGGGGAGGGGGAGGGGGUGGAGGCAUGAGGUUAGGAAUAAGAGGGGGGUGGGGGUUAUGGCUGUUACUAGUUUGUUUGCGGGAGAUGCGGGGGAGGGUAAUAAGGGGAAGUGUGGGUUUUUGAUUGCGUUGACGAGGUUGGUGAAGCCGGGGAUGAGGACGCCUAAUCAAGUGGAUGGUUCUGCUGCGGCGGUGGACGCGUCUGGGCGUCCGGAGUCGCCGCUGAUUACGGAAUUGUUGCCUGCGAGGUGUACGUCGUGGCAGUCGGAACUCACGUCCCUGACGCGCCAUAAUGCCUCCCUCACCACUGAACUCUCGGCCUUGUUGUCUCUCCGCGAAGACGACGCCGGAGUGGAGGAGGGGGCCGAGUGGGAAGAGGGAUUUGUGUAA